AUGUGUCCUCCAUCACCUGUACCUGAGGUGGUGAUUGCUGAUACCAUGCCCAAACCAACACAGAGGGAAUUGCAGAAGAUGCACUUGCAGGAACUUGUGAGGGAGGAAGCGGCAGUGCCCCAGACUUCAAAAGCGUCGCGCGAAGGAAAAAGUCAAAGGGAAUUGCAGAGGAAAGAGCUUGAGAGCUUGCUGGAGAGCCCGACUCAUGAGAAGCAGAAAGAGGCUAAGAUGAAGUCUCUCGAAGCGAAAAUUGCAGAGAUGCAGGUGCUGACUGGGUUUGACUUGCUGUUGGAUCUGUUGGUCAACCCGUUGACCCAAGCAGAAAACGCAACUUGGUUUCCCAAAUGCCACCAAAGGAUUCUGUAA